AUGAUGAGCACCGAGAGUCUUUCGGAGAGUGGAGACCAGCCUUGCAUCCGGCUGGAGCCCCUGAAGAACACACACUUACCGGGCAAGACGACGCCGACCGGUGGCAGCUGUGUUGUGUUCACGGGCAGCAGCCCCAAAGUGACAGCCAACGGGGUGCAUGACAUCGAGGACCGGAUUCUGAGGAUCACCGGCUACUACGGCUACAACCCGGGAUACUCCAGUCAUAGAAGAGAGGAUGGCUCUGAGUCUCAUGCAGAGACACCAGGCAGUGAGACGAGUGGGGAGAGUCGAUCAUAUCAGACAUGCACCAACACAGCCUUGAAGGUGCUGGGUGGUCUGCUGGUUGUACUGUGCAUCUCCUCCUCCUGGGUGGGCACCACUCAGGUCGUCAAGCUGACGUUCCAGUCGUUCUCUUGUCCGUUCUUCAUCUCCUGGUUCAGCAGCAAUUGGAACAUCCUCUUCUUCCCAAUCUACUACUCUGUACAUGUUGUUACCACAAGGGAAAAGCAGACACCCAUACAAAAAUUCAGGGAGUGCAGCAAGUUGUUUGGGGAGGACGGCAUGACUCUGAAGCUAUUUGUAAAGAGGACAGCACCUUUCUCCAUCCUGUGGACACUGACAAACUACUUAUACCUCCUGGCCUUGAAGAAACUGACUGCCACUGAUGUCUCUGCCCUGUACUGCUGCCACAAAGCCUUUGUCUUUCUCUUGUCCUGGAUUGUCCUCAAGGACCGGUUCAUGGGCGUUCGGAUUGUGGCUGCUAUUAUGGCCAUCACUGGGAUUGUCAUGAUGGCGUAUGCUGAUGGUUUCCAUGGUGAUUCCUUUGUGGGUGUGGCUUUGGCAGUGGGCUCUGCCUCUACAUCAGCUCUCUACAAGGUGCUGUUUAAGAUGUUCCUGGGCAGUGCAAACCUGGGAGAAGUGGCUCAUUUCCUUUCAACCAUGGGCUUCUUCAACCUCAUUUUCAUCUCUUGUGUGCCCCUCAUCCUCUACUUCACUAAGGUAGAGCAAUGGGGUUCCCUCUCCUCACUGCCCUGGGGAUACCUGUGUGGACUGGCAGGAUUAUGGCUGGUAUUCAACAUCUUGGUGCAUGUCGGUGUGGUGCUCACCUACCCCAUUCUCAUCUCCAUAGGGACGCUGCUCAGUGUCCCGGGCAAUGCAGCCGUAGAUGUUUUGAAACAUGAGGUGAUCUUCAGCAUGGUGCGUCUGGCGGCCACCUGCAUCAUCUGCCUGGGCUUCUUGCUGUUACUGUUGCCAGAGGAAUGGGACUCUGUUACGCUGCGCUUCCUGUCCACCAUUGCAGACAAGAAAUCAGAGGAACACGGCGAGGAACUCACAGAGUCCAGCAUCCACACCCGGAGCCGCAGUCGAGCCAAUGGCACGGUUUCUAUUCCCUUGGCAUGAUGUGGCUGCCCUCACUUUUAGCCUCUCUCUUGAAGCACUAUCUGCUCCUGUGUCCAGUGUUCAGUGCCCACACAGGUGGUGUGGUGGGAUGACCGGUCCAAAUGGGCUCUAUCAGGAAGACAGGAAGUAUUGUCUAGAACUCUAAACACAGAACUUUACUUUAGAGAUGCAUCUCCAUCACUUCACUACAGGAGGGAAGAUGAGAACAGCAAAUGAUUUUGCAGAUUGUAAGGGUGGAAAGUGUUACUUUACUUUCUUGAAGUACUUGCCACGCUCAGUCCUGACCCUCGCACGCUCCCAAACCAAGAGCUGACUGGCCUCCCCUGACCUGCUCUGCGGACUGUAUUCUGUGAAUAUAAAUAUUGGCAGGGCCAGUUUGGCUCAAUCUUAUAUGUAUUUAUGAUAUUUAUUUAGCGCUGUAUCAAUAAGAGUACUAAUUUUAUGUCUUACUGAGUAGUAUUAGAAUGAAAAUUAUACUAUGCGUAAUAAACAAGCUCUUUUUGGUUUAUAAUAAAAGACUUAAAACUUGAA